AUGAAGCGAGUAAGAAGCAAGAAAAUAGAAAAUGACAAAAAGCUAAAUGUCUUCUGUGAAAGCGACCUGGACAUUACUCGCAUGCAGGAGUACACGGGCCCUGCGCUUACCACCGGCGUUGAAAAGGAAGAGGAGGAAGAGCACCACCUAAAGGAGAUACUCUCUAGAAGAGCAAAAAGCAUCCCAACCCCAAGGAUAGAGAGAGCUGCUGGGCACGACGUCAAGAAAAGAAAGCUCUCGAGCGAAGAAGACGCGCCGGAAGAGACCGCGGAGUAUUUAGAGGACAUUGGCGACGUUUCUCCCCCAACCGAUGUAAAAAAGCUCGAGAUAAUCACGCAGGAGAACGACGUUCCGGCGGACGUGCUGCCCUUUGUGUGCUUCCGCAAAAGAGAGGUGAAAUCGCUCAGAAAGGCCCGCAAGGCAGACACGUCGAUAGAAAAGAUAAAGAAGAUAAAGGUGGACCUGCAAAUGAUGCGCAGACUAACAGAGCUCACCCUGCAGAGGGACACCUAUCUCUCCCAGCACCUGACCACGAUACUUUCUAUCUUCAACAUCUGCCGAGAAAUGAACAAGCGGCUGGACAUUGGCGUUCUGAACAUCAGCGAGUCCAUACUAAGGGACAUUCUUUUCACAAAGCUAAUCAGCAAGAACGACCUAUUCUAUAAAAAGAUUCCCUCGUUCACGAAUCUGUAUCUGUGCAGGAAGAGCAUAGGCAGCCUCCGGAAGCUCUUCAAGUCGGGCCCGCCCCCGGAAGACGUUUUGGCGCUGAACAAGAAGGAGAUAGACUACCUAAACACGUACUACUAA